AUGGUAACAUCAGAGAAUACAGUUUCUCUUGGAACAAAUAAUACUCUCGGAAUUUCACAAUAUAAUCACGAUCCAGAAUUAUACUUAAGGCCUGAAGUCGAAAUAGAAGGUCAUAAAUAUAACAUUACAGAAAUUUCUGAGUCUGCUUUAAGUAAUUUGGCAUUUGAAAAAGUCUUAAUUCCAAAAUCUGUUAAUAAAAUCGGGCCCAGAGCAUUCUUCAAGUCAAAUAUUACAGAACUAGACCUUUCUGCAACAAAUAUUACCGAAAUUCCAAGUUUUUGUUUUGCAUAUUCCAGAAUUAAGAAACUAUUGCUUCCUCAAACUAUUCAGACAAUAUCAGAAUGUUCAUUUUCCAUGACUACGCUCGUUAAUUUUGUUUUUCCCAAAGACCUUGUUACAAUCGGAACAAGAUCUUUCGAAUCCUCAGUGAUUGACACAAUUGAUCUCAGCCAAACGUCUGUAAAUCUUAUUUGUCAAUUCGCUUUCAUAGGUUCCACACUCAAAACAUUCAUUUCUUCCCCUCUUUUACAGAAAAUUGAACAAUACGUUUUUGCAUGCACUCCAAUUCAAUCAUUGACCUUCUCAACCACAUUAUCUGAGCUUGGAAACCACUGUUUCUACGAAUGCAAAGAAUUAGAAUCAAUAGAUUUAAGUCCAACAGUUAUUUCCAUUAUUCCUGGCUUCUGUUUCAACAAAUGCUCCAAACUUGCGAAGUGCUUGUUCCCUCUUACAGUUUCCAUCAUUCAAAACUUCGCUUUUUCUCAAUCCGGAAUUGCGAAAAUUAAUUUUCCUCCAAAACUCUCAGAAAUACCUCGCUGCUGCUUCCUUCAGUGCUACAACCUCGAAGAAAUCGAUCUCUCGCACACAAUCGUCAAAUACAUCGGUUCAGUCGCUUUUUCGAGUUGUAAACUUCUAUCGUCCGUAAAUUUCGGAAAUAAUUUAGAUGAUCGAAGAAGUUGCUUUUUCGAACACCUCAUUGAGGACAAUUGUUUUACCACAUACUACUGA